AUGUUGUCGGCAAUGUCGUUGCAAGGGCACUAUAUCUUUGUCUCGUUGUUGUGGCUCCCUACACUCGUUGAGGCGGAUUCUGGUGAUGAUUUUAGCAACAACCUGUUCUCAGACCUGGCUCCUGAUAUAGUGCGAUGUCAAGGGCUGGCCCCGGUGAAAGAAUUCAUCUGCCUGAUUCCUAGAGGUGGGAUCGACAAUACUACCUCGAUAAGAAUCAUGCGAUUAGAAGAAGCAGUCAAGAAGAAAUUAGUCCAAGAACAGAAACCACACAAACCAGAGUGGAGGAGGUGGUUACGACAAAAUAGUUCAGACAGCAAGCAGGACCAGCAGCAGAAAAAGGCAUGGUUCAAAAAGGACGAUAAGCAAGUCAAAGGCUAUGCGUUUCCUUUCUCGAGCGGUGGCACAAUCAUUCUGGUGAUUGGGAUGCUCCUCUGUGCACACGUGGUUGAUCGAAGGACCGGAGAGACCAGAUACGAGCCGGUGGACAGCUGGACGACGCAACUUGUCUGGUUGCAGCCGAAGCAAACCGUUAGUGACCAAGUCUUUGAGUCAUUCGCCUUGUAUCCUGAAAAGUGUCCACGAGUCAUCACGGUGUCGAGGAGGGAUGGCGACACAGGUUCACCAAAGACACCCCGAAGUGGAACAGCUUCACAGCAAUCAUCAAAACUGAAGCAGAUCGAAUCAACGAAUUUGUCUGUUGCAGCGACGGUGAUAUGCCUCGCUGGAUUUUUCAUUCAGUUCGUCGGGCUGCGGGCGAUGCAUUGGUCAGCGUCUGUUGGUCAGCUCAUUGCGGUUAUAAUUAUGACCAUGAUCAGAGCGCUGGUCCGUCGAGGGUUCAUUGACACAAUUAAUAACCCCAAGCAUAUUGAGGCUCCCGUGAACUUCAAAAUUCCUUUCAAAUGGACCCUUGAAGUGGACCUUGGCACGGAAAAGCAGAACAUCACAUUGCGGUUGGACUGCAAAAACCAGCGGUGGGUCUCACACGUCGACGAGCUUGAGUCAGCGUUAUCAUUAUGGCUGUACUCGACAGAUGAGAAACGGCAAGCAUGGGCUGAAAAGUCAAACGUGUCAUUGAACGCAUUGGAGGCGGAAGAUGACGCUUGGCUCCGGAAAUCGAGCUCGCAGACAACAGGAAGCCUAAUUCAACUGGGACAGCUAACUGAUGAGCUUGCCCGGGCUUUGCGUUGGUGGAUGCCAUCAGAUGCGCCGAAGCUGUGGGAAACCCAACAGAGUCGCGAUGAUAUAGAGCCCUGGCGAGUUGUGGGAACUCAGAGAUCAGACGACUCGAAACACAACUCUGCUGCCCACCAGCGCCAGCCAUCCAGUGAGACAACGACCAUGGAGACCAACGUGGAGCCCGAUAGUGACCAGUUCAAGUGUCUGCAGCUUGUAUCACACAACAGUUUGGAGAAGCUGUAUGCGAAGCAUAUAUUCCACGCCUUCACCUGGGCGGCCGUUGAUAAGAUGAGCCAACCUAUCGAUGAAUGCUCAGUAAUGGAGUUAUUCAAAAGUUCAGAUUCCCGAGACUGGUCCAACUUUCGACUGCAUGGGGAAAAUUUAUCCAAGCUAGCACAGGCCAUUCAGAGGACGGGUCUUGGUGAUUUGCACUACGCCUACCUUGCCAUUAUUCCGCCACUUCAUUCGCACUCAAAACUCGGGGAGCUUAACGCAAUCGUUGAAAUGAUUGCCAGCGAAGCAAAACAACGAGAAAGAUUGCUAGACUGGAAGAGAGCGGGGGACGCGUAUCGACGUUUAUAUGAUCUGGCCAAAGCAUUUCCUCAGGAAAGCUAUCUCUACAAGAAGUCAGUGGCUAUUUUAGUUGAUUACAUUCGCGUGAUCACUCACUUGCCACUGGAUUACUUCGAUAAAGAUAUCAUCCGUCACGAUGAAGCAGUGGAGACAUGCCACCAGCUACGCUGGAGCGACUCAAUUUUCGAUGUUGCAGCGACCCAACACAUAGAAACCGAAGAGAUUAAGGGUAUCGGACUCACAGAGCUUCAUAAUCUCAUUGCGACUUGGCCCGACUAUUCCAAUCAGGACUUGCCAGCCAUUGCGGAAAAGAACAUCAUUGCUCAAGAUAUUCUAGGCUGGACGCCUCUUCAUUAUGCAGCAUUAAGAAAACCAGGGAAGUGGACCAAACAUUUACUUCUAAAUGGGGCUAAUGCAAAUGCUACUGAUAGUCGCGACUGGACGCCACUACAUUAUGCUGUAUUGCACGAUAACUGGGGAGCGAUCGAGGAACUGUUUGAAGGAGGUGCAAAUAUGAGGGCGACAGGCGUUGACGGGAUGACGCCGUUACACCUUGCAGCCAUGAAGAACUCUUGGCUGAUUACAGAUAAAUUGCUCUCGCAUCCUAGUCAACCUGCGGAUCAACUGGCGACAGACAAUUUCGGUAGGGCUCCAAUCCACCUCGCCAUUACUCGUAGAUACCAUGGGUCUUUUGUUGUUCGAUAUCUCGGCGCUAGUGUCGAGGUAAAGGACAGAGAAGGCAGGACACCAUUAUUCCUAGCUGCUUUACACGAAAACACUGAUGCCAUCUCUUAUCUGGCCGAGAGAUGCGCAAAUCUAGAUGCACCAAACUUGGAAAUGUUAGAGGAAACAGUCCUGCAUUGGGCAGUUAGAAAUGGGAGAACCCGAAUUGUUGAGACGCUGAUUCGUUUCGGAGCAACCGUUGAUUCACGGAAUUACGCGAAUGAGACUCCUCUACAUUUUGCGCCCCAACGCGGGUAUACAGAUAUGGUUGAUUUACUGAUAAAGAAAGGCGCCAAUGUGGUUGCGAGUCAGAGAAAUCAUCAUACGCCGCUUAUGUAUGCGGUACAACGUGGGCAUGUGGACGUCGUAAAGAUACUCGUCAGUGAAAAACCUAUCGAAUUGAGUAUUCGGCAAAAUCUCUGGGAUGUUAGAAAGGCAAUAAAGGAAGCGGUUGGAGAGGGGCACGGGGAUGUAUUGAGAGUACUUGUUGAAAAGGGUACGACUAUCAAGAAGAAGAUGAUAAAAGUCGCCAGAGACAAGGAAAUGGAGGGAGGGGGACCGCUCGUUGCACAAUUUCUCGAACAAGCUUAUUCGCUACAAAUAUGCUUCAGAGAACACGUCAAGGAGGAAGGUGCUGAGUUUAUCUGGGAGGCACUAAUAUCGCGACUUAUUGAGAAUGGUAACUACUUUUCAUAG